AUGAAGUAAUUAAGUUUUAAGCUAAUUUUAGUUGUUGGUAUCCUUAAUUUUGCAUAAGGCUGCCAAAUACAGAAUUGUUAAUAAUGCUCGAAUGAUGAAAAUUAAUGUAUAACUUGUAACAAUGGAUAUUCUUUAAGCCAAAGCUAAGACCAAUGCAACUCGUCAAGUAGUUCGAGUUCACCCAAUAUUGGAUUAAUCAUAGGUAUCGUAGUUGCUAUUGUUUUUGGUGUCAUUAUUUGCUACUAUUGUUUUAAGAAAUGCUAUAAUUGUACAAAAGAAGGAGCUACUGAUGCAGGAGAUACUUAAGCAUUCAGCUAUGGACCAGGAUUUGGAUGUAUGGGUAUGGUAGACCCUAUGAAUUGUAUUGUAAAUUAAUACGGAACUAAUAACAAUAACAUAUAUUGUGAUAAAGAAGAUUACUACUAUAAUGUUUAAAUUUACAAUAAAUUCAAAAAUUUAAAUGGAAAAUGUUUAGAUUCUAGAAAUGAUUGUGAUAGAUGUGCAUUCAAGCUCGACCGUAAAGAAAAUUUAUUCCCAGACUGGUCUUCUUAAAAUUUUGAGAAAUAUAAACCUGAAAAACCAUCUAAGAAGUCAUUUAAUAAAGCUCAAUUUGCUAGCUUUUUGACUUUGAUUCCACUCAAUGUACUCGAAUUAAAUUCAGAAGAAUUGAAAUUAGCUGUAGAGUAACCAGUAUUAGAGCCUAUUAAAAAACAUAGUAUCGAUGACAAACUAAAAAUUCAAAAAUAAGAAUCAAAUUCUAAUUCCGAGCAAUCGAAUGAUAAAGAUGAAACUGCUUCUACAUCUUGCGCAUUUAAAGUAAGGUCUAUAUCCCUUAAUUCUGAAUGUAUUUCAAGCAGAGGAGACGAAAUAAACACAGAAGAAAUUUUAUCACAUCAAAGCGAGCGUGAAAAUGAUAAUGAUUAAAAAUAAAAUUCAUUAUCUAGUGAUGAGGUGAUUAUUUGUAUGGACACUAUUCCAUCUCUGCCAAUAAGCUAAAAAUGUUUGGGGCUCACCUCUAAGAGUGCUGCUAAUUCUGAUGCCUUUAUUAUUUAAAUGAAUGAAAAUAAUAAUUGCUAAAUCGGAGAAAAUCAAUCAAAAGAAAAUAAUAAUAAAACAAAUGUUAGCUUUGAUGAAGAAGCAUAAACUCUUUAAUAAUGA